AUGCGCCACCUCGUCAAAAAAGCCUGUGAUGAAUGCAUUGCCCGAAAAGUCAAAUGCAGCGGCGCUCGUCCCUGCGAUGCCUGUCGCCAGAAUCCCAAGCCGGUCAAUUGCACCUACCUCAAACCCGUCCGGCGCAGAGGUCCCAAGGCGAGACGAUGGUCUACUCCCAAAACACAUGCAGCCCCUCAGUCUCUAAGUCCUGACGAUGCUCCCCCAAAGUACCACACUGCAGUCCCUCUCGUAGCGCUGGCGUAUGUUGUUCAGCUAUACCGGCAAACCUCUUACAGCGUCUGGCCGGUCAUCGAUGCCCCCGCUCUCCUCGAGAAGCUCAAAUCAGCACCGCCAGUCGACACUCUCUGUCUAGCUCUGGCCCUCUCUGCCGCCACCAUGGCUCAGCUGCAACUGUCACCACUGCACACUACAAACGCCACCGUCGACUGCACGAUCAUGGCAGCCGAGUGUAUGAGGCUGCGGGACGCGAGCUCCUAUCGAGAGCGCCCCGACGUGCGAAGUAUCCUCGUUUCGUUCUUCCUGCAUGUGUACCACGCCAAGAUCAACCGACGCCACACGGCUAUGACCUUCAUACAGGAGGCCAUCGGGGGGGCUAGGCUUUUGGGUUUGAAUGCCGGGGGCAUGGCCUGCGAUUUUGAUGUGAUUGCAAACAAGCAGGUGGUGUUUCUCCUGCUCUGGAUCUCGGAGAGGGGCUAUGCUAUGCAUCUAGGGCUACAACCGUCCUAUACACUUCCCGUCGUGAUCCCUGAUCUCAGUUCCGAGGGUAAUGCAGAGGUGAAGGGCUUACUGCAGCUGGGCCGGCUGUUUGCAACCUUCGAUGUGACCUGCGGCGGGCGUGGGAGUGCAGGCACUUCGGAAAAUGCAGAAUGUCUGGCAGAGGCCGAGGCGGCAUUGGCAGUACUGUCUCUAGGGCAAGAGGGCGGCCCGUCAACGCGUCUGGCGGACUACUGCAUUACGAAAGAAUGGAUGCGCACGAUGAUCUGGCAGAAAGCACUGUCGCAGCGGCUGCUCUCGUCGACUUCCUGUACUGAGCUCAUGACCUUCCGCUUUCCUGCAGUCGUGGGCCGUUCUCUCCUCUGCUCUCUGCAGGGGUUUACCGAGUCGGACCUGCUCCCGUUGGGCCGUGACCAGUUGUUAAAGUGCUUCGAGGUGACGAACUCACUAGCAGAUACUAUCCUGCUGCCGGGGUCGAGCGCUGUGCACUCGACCUUGCAGUGGAGGCCGCAGGACUUUCUGCAUGCUCUGUACCAGAAAUUGCUGCCCUUCUUGGAGCAAGAUCCCAUGCUGAAGGCGUUGCUCCGGGCUAAGACGGCCGAAGCUUUGGUCAAAGCUCCUGCGCGCUUGUUGGGCCUCGGCUAUGGUAAUAAUAACAGGCUUACAGAGCAAAUCUUGAGCCGUCAGACGGAAGAGCCCGAGGAAGCUAAUGUGGAAGAUCUCCUCACCACUCCACGCCGGAUUGAAUUGGUCAGCUGA